GUUGGCAAGCACGGCUGUUGUUAUUUAAUAUGAUGCAACAGCUGUUUACAUUGUUUACAUUCCAAUAAAACUGUUGCAUGUUUCUUAAAAAAAUGUAAACUUUGCUUGCUAUAUUAAUAAAUUGCAAAUAAUAAAAUGGAGUAAAAUACUAAAUUUCUAUAAUCAGCAUUGAUAUUUUAUAACAUAAAGUUGAUACCGUUGAAUUCUAUAUAUAUCAAAUAUGUCGCCAGCAAAAAGGGAAAAAUUAGAGCGAAUUACCAAGCAGCAGAUGCAAUGUUACAUGCUGUUCUGUAAACAACACCCUAAAUUAACUGGUGUCAAAACCGAGAGCUGCAAUAAAAGUGAUACUUCACAAACACAUGAAUUAUGGACGCAGUUAGUGGAACGUCUUAACGAGAUGCAAGGUCCCACGCAAAGUGUGAAGAUGUGGAAGGAAACCCUAGCACAUUGGAAAAGUCAGGUCCGCUCUCAUUUACGUAGGUAUCAAAAGCAAACUGGAAGAAAUAUAAUUACUUCCGCAAGUUAUAACAAACGUACUGAGAUUUCUGUGUCAACAACUAUACUGCACCAGGUCUCCGAAAUAAAAGCAGAACAGAAUGUUGAUGAUAAAAGCGCGGACAACGAUUCCUGUACUUCGAGCUCAUCGAGAUCUACCUCAUUUCCUCACAAAACGCACAAAAAGAACAUGAAAACGAAAGCGCCGAAUAUGAAUUAUACUGACAUUUGUAGUAUCAUAUUAAAUACUUUAGAAGCACGUAGGGAAAGAGAAGAGGCGUUAUACACAAAUCAAAUAAAUUUAAUUAGCAAAUUAGAUCAGACAUUAACUUUAAUGACCAGUGUUUUUGAAAAAGUUGAUAGGAAAUUGGAUAAAAGUUAAUUACUUAUUGAUGAAUCAGCUUUUGCAAUAUUGUGCCACAAAUGUUUUAAACUACAUGGCUGUAAUUAGUUGUAAAUUUGAAUAAUUUUUAGUUAGUAAGAUUUAGCUUAAAGCAAUUUUUUGAAAUAUAUAAAACAAUAAAGCGCUUAUCUUCAAAAAUUAGCAAAUA